GGUACCUAUACAGUCCUCCCUCCUCUUUGCUUUCAAUGUAACGCAAGCUCAUGCCGCCAGAUGGCAGUAACUAAGCUUGUCAAGCCAAAACAAAGAAACCCUGAGGAAGUGGGUUGCUAAGGAAAUCAGCCUUGACUACAUGAAGGCGCUGUAAACAGUGAACAAACGCUUACUGGAUUAACAUUAUUGCUCGCUUUACAAUUUUUCCAGCAUUGCUGAUCAAUGAAUGAUUGUGGUGAUUGGGUAAAUCGUGGACUCUUAUGGCAGAAUUGCAUAUAAUUGGGCAGAUCAUUGGGGCCACCGGUUUCCCACACAACAGCCUCUUCUGCAAAUGGGGUGUACACACAGGAGGAGCAUGGAGACUUCUUUCUGGUCUGAAGGAAGGUCAAACUCAAGUGGACAUGCCUCAAACAGGGGACAUGGCAUACUGGAGCCAUCCCAUUGAUUUGCACUACACUACUAAGGGCCUACAAGGGUGGCCAAAGCUUCACCUACAAGUGUGGCAUCUGGACUCUUUUGGGCGAUGCCAGCUGUAUGGUUAUGGUUAUAUCCACAUACCAUCGAGCCCAGGACAGCAUCGUCUGCAAUGUGCAACAUGGCGACCAUUGGGAUCCUGGCAGGAUCAACUUGCUGAGAUGUUUGUCGGAGGAGGCCCACAGCUGCGCUCGCCAGAUCUCAUUUACAGUGGCGCAGACCGAUACAGACUCCAUACGGUUGGCAUGGGCACAGUUGAAUUAGAGCUGUGCGUCAUUCUACGCCACUUUGACAGAUAUGGUGUGGAGAGCUGAGAAUGGACUGCAGAUUGUCACACAUUUCAGAUCAGAGAUUUGAGGAGUGAAAAGAAGGUAAAAUAUUUUGUUAUAUUGGAUAGGAGGUUCUCAUAUAAGGUGUGUGAAUGCAAAGGUGUAUAGUAAAUUAUGUUAUUGAGUGAAAAGAUGAGUGAUGGAUUUAUGUGUACUGAUAAUGUGUUUUUUGUGCUUUGGAUCUCAAACAAUACUUUUUCAAUACAUAAAACUUUUCUACAUUUUUUGUACACUUUGUAUGUUUUAUAGAAUUGUAUUUUGUUUUUAUGCAAUUAAAUUUGGCAGUUUUCAGAGGUGAAUCAUUUCUGAAUCAAACAUUGUUAAAUCGUUCAUCGUUAAUGUUUGAUGGGAAGGACCUUUUCAAAGAAAAGCCUGAUGUUCAGUUCAGUUGUAUGAGUACAUAAUUCUAUUUUGUUUGUUUUUUAAUCUUUAGUUAACAGGCUUUUGUAGCAGGCUCUGAGUUUUGUAGAUAGUGAGAAACAACUCUGUCACAUUUUGCUCAUUUCCUGUGUGGAGUUUCUAACUGUUUUAGUGAGAUUAAAAAAGACAAAAGAGCAAGUAAGAUCAA